AUGGCUAGUAGCUACAUCGCUAUGUUCAAACAGAGAAGACAACCAGGCUUUUGGACAGAUUUCAAAAUGCAUCCUCCAGCGGUUCCACAUGGCAUGUGCUUAAAAGUAAUAAACAACCGGAACAUGAAGGGUGGCAUGGGCUCUGAAACAAAUCCUCUGAGGUUCAUGGAUCAGGACUACAACGUUUUACAAGACUACUGUCUCAAGACAAAUCAGAGAUUUGUUGAUGAGUUUUUCCCACCAGAUCCCCGUUCUAUUGGCGAAGGGCUGCUAGAUCCAAAGGUUAUGGCCAGGGUGGAGUGGAUAAGACCAACGGUCUUGUGUCCAAACGCAGCUGAAUUGAUUGUAGAGACAGUGUCCAGGUUUGACUAUGCCCAAGGGAAUGUAGGCAAUUGUUGGUUUCUGGCCUCUAUUGGGGCUCUAACAUUUCAAACCAAAUUAUUACAUAAGGUCGUUCCAGAUGGACAAUCAUUCAGCCACAAUUAUACUGGUUUAUUUCACUUCAGAUUCUGGCGGUUUGGAAAAUGGUAUGAUGUUGUGAUUGAUGAUAAACUGCCGAUAAUCGGCUGCCAGCUGGUUUUUGUGAAAUCAAAAACAUUGAAUGAGUUCUGGCCUGCCUUGCUGGAGAAAGCAUAUGCCAAGGUGUGCGGCUCCUACGCUGACAUGCAUAGUGGUCGAGUAUCUGAGGCCCUCUUGGACUUUACUGGUGGGGUUCAUAUGCACUAUGAACUGAAAACAGCUCCCACUGAUUUGUGGGAGAUAAUGCACCGUGCUUACCAGUCAGAGGUCCUUAUGGGUUGUGAAACUCCAGCAGGGUAUGAGAAACGGUUACCAAAUGGCAUAGUCGUGGGCCAUGCUUACACCGUGACAAAGGUUUACCAGGUCAUGCGUGGUGGAAACCCAGUUAAGCUGGUUAGAUCGUUCAAUCCAUGGGGAGACAGUGAAUGGAAAGGAGACUGGAGUGACAAAUCACCUUUGUGGAACACAGUGAGCAGUGAGGACCGCAAACAACUCCUUGUGAAUGAAAAUGGAGAGUUCUGGAUGUCAAUGAACGAUUUCCUUAAAACAUUUGACAACAUGGAUAUCUGCUGUAUCUGUCCUGAUUUUCUGGAAGGGAAGUCUGCUUGUCACUGGAUUUCCAAGUACCACCAUGGCAGCUGGGUUUCUGGGAGCACAGACAGAGGCUGCAUAAGUCAUGCAGACACCUUCUGUAAAAACCCCCAGUUUUGGCUGAGGAUUAAUGAGUUUGAUAAGGCCUGCGAACAGGGCCAGAACAAUGUUCUGGUGACUCUCAUACAGAAACCUGACAAGAGACACAGACGCCACUCUGCACACCAUGGCAUCGGCUUCUACGUAUUUGCAAUUCCACCUGAGAUGAAAUCUGAGGGAAAGCUUGGAUCAAGCUUUUUCCAUGGAAGAAAGCCUGUGGUAACAAGCGAGCCCUUUCAACGUGCAAGACAGGUGAUGAAAUUCUUCAGACUAGAGCCGGGAGAGUAUCUCAUCGUGCCAUCCACAUACCAUCCCAAUAAGAGUGGAGAAUUCAUCCUGUCCAUUCUCUGCAAAAAUGAGAUCCACAUUCAAAGGGACACAGAAAGAAUGGAGAAAGAUUUUCUUGUGGAUCUUUUAGACAGGUCUGAGGUCCAUUACACUGAAGAAGUGGAUGAAAUAUCAAAAACUAAAGCACUGUUUCGGCAAUAUUCUGAUCAAUAUAAAGUUGUUGAUGCUGAGAAGCUUCAACGGCUUCUUCAUGAAAACCUACUUGAACGGCAUAAAAACCCUGAAGGAUUUGGCCUGGAUUCCUGUAGAGGUAUAAUAGCCAUGUCAGAUUUCAAUGUGACUGGAAGACUCUGCGGACCAGAAUUAAUUCGUCUCUGGAACCAUAUUUUGACAUACAAGAAUAUCUUCUACAGCAUGGAUUCUUCCAAAGAUGGUGUUCUGUCUUUCAACGAACUGCAAAAUGCAUUAGAGAAAACAGGCCUGCAUUUAAAUGAAGACAUCCUGAAUCUCAUGUUUGUGCGGUAUGGUGGUGCUACUGAACAGAUCUCUCUGGAGGGUUUCAUAUGCCUUGUCAUGCGCUUGAACUGCAUGGCCAGAAUAUUCCAGAGACUGUGUGAAAACAGAAAGAUAACUCUUGAUGAGAGUGAGUGGAUAGGACUCACCAUGUACUCAUGAGGGAAUGUUUGCUUGCCAGGAGGAUUGCCAACAAACGCAAGAAGCAGUGUGAAAAGAAAAUAUCAGUUUGGAGAUCAAAAACAAUCAGCGAUUUAGGCAAUCUAAACAUUUCUUUCUUUUCUUUAUUUUUUAACAAAUUGUGAUGGUUAUAUGGCUUUUC